AUGACAUACUUCCGAAUAACCCUCGUCCGCUCCGCCAUAGGUCUGCCCCGCCGGACAACAGGCGUCCUCAUGGCUCUCGGACUGAAAAAGCGUAUGCAAACUGUCUUUUACCCCGUCACUCCCGAUGUGGCCGGCCAGAUUAUGAAGGUGAAAGAACUGGUAUCAGUGCGGGAGGUGGAGAAACCAUUGACGAAGCUGGAGGUGCAUUUGGAGCGCAAGCCGGACCCGGGGUAUUAUGUUGAGAAGAGGGCGGAGGAGGAGUUUAGGGAGAAGAGGGAGGCUGAUGUGAUGAUUUUGGGAUGCAUGGCUUGUGAACAGGAGAUAGAGACCCGAUGUUGGACCGUACGGAGAGUGAAAACGUCAUCCCCAUGGCUCUCUCAUAAUAACCCCUUGAUUUCCAUCAUCUCCCGCCAGCAGAAGGAGAUUGGCAGCCCCAUGUCUAUCUGCUGCAUCGACAGAAAACAUCCACACAGAUAUACCAACAGAACAAGGCGUGAUCCGUCCGUCCCCAUACCAUUUCUUCGCUUCGACACGACACGACCGAUAUAUGACAGUGAGGGCCCCAAUCUCCUCCUAACCUCACCUCGAACCUUCUGUUUCUCCUCGUCCCUCUACUCCCUCACACCAACUGGCUCACGUAUCACCCUUUUGCCAAAUUCAUCUACUUCCUCCGGAUCUCAUUUGACUAUUUCACGAACCUCAUAG